AUAGCAAUCAAAGACUUCCAAGCCUCUCUCUCUCAUAGCGCGUAAUCAAUUUGAGCUUCCCCUCUCUCUCUCUCUAGAGUGUGUCCUCACCUUUUCCUUAAUCCCUGCUACAGACAUCAGACAAGACUGUGGGAAAAAUAAUACUGGUUUCGUUGAUUCACUGUGUUUUACAGAGUACCCAACAGGAGAAAACAGAGAACUGGAAACAGAGGACUUCGAGCUCCACCACUGCUACUCACCCUUCUGCUGCAAUUCCAGCAGCUUUCCAUUGAAGCCGUUUGUUUCUUCAUUGUAUAACACUUCAUUCAAUUGAAUCUGUGUACGGAAGGAAGGAACCCCAUCAUUUUCUUUUACCUGAAAUCAUUGUGUUUGCUUCCCGUGAUGCGAAUGGACGCCAAGCUCUAGCUUCUUCUACUGGGUUUCUACUGUGCUGAGAUCUGUCUCUCAAUUUUCUUUUACUUUCGGGUUUUGGCGUUUUCGAAGCUGAGAUCUGAUAAUUUCCCUUUACCGUUUUUGGGUUUUCUUUGAUUAACUCUGUUCUUGUUGGGUUGUUGAAGGAAUUCUUCCCCCCUUUGCUUAUAAGUGGAUUUAUUGGGGUCUGGGUAUUCGGUUUUGUUUGUUGAGCUUUGAGGUUGGUGUGGCAUGAAGUCGGUGAUUGAAGUGUUGUGUAUGUGGGGGGUUUGGGUUGAGAGAAUUAGAUGCGGGUGAGGUUGAAAUUGUUCGUGUUCUUUAGCGAAAACGGGUUUGGCUGAGAUUUUGGGCGGUGGGGGGUGGGGUGCAGUCGUUGUUGCGUUCUUCAAAUUUGUGGGCACAAUUUCUUUUUGUUUGUUGGAUCUUACUGAAAUGAGGCUUUCAAGUGCUGGUUUUAGUCCUCAGCCUCCGGAAGGGGAGAGGAGAGUUCUUAACUCGGAGCUUUGGCAUGCCUGUGCGGGCCCCCUUGUUUCUCUCCCUGCUGUUGGAAGCCGGGUUGUUUAUUUUCCACAGGGUCACAGCGAGCAGGUUGCCAUAUCAACCAACAGAGAAGUAGAUGCCCAUAUACCCAGUUAUCCAAGCUUGCCGCCACAACUUAUCUGUCAGCUUCACAAUGUCACAAUGCAUGCAGAUGUCGAGACAGAUGAAGUGUAUGCCCAAAUGACCUUGCAACCACUCAGUGCUCAAGAACAAAAGGAGCCUUAUCUUCCAGCUGAGUUGGGCGCCCCCAGCAAACAACCAACCAAUUAUUUUUGCAAAACAUUGACAGCAAGUGACACGAGUACACAUGGAGGAUUUUCUGUUCCUCGUCGAGCUGCCGAGAAAGUGUUCCCGCCAUUGGACUUUUCUCAGCAGCCACCUGCUCAGGAGUUGAUCGCCAGGGAUCUGCACGAGAAUGAAUGGAAAUUUAGGCAUAUUUUUCGGGGCCAGCCCAAAAGGCAUCUUCUUACGACUGGAUGGAGUGUGUUCGUAAGUGCUAAGAGGCUCGUUGCUGGUGAUUCGGUUAUCUUCAUUUGGAAUGAGAAGAAUCAGUUACUAUUGGGGAUCCGUCGAGCUAAUCGACCACAAACGGUGAUGCCCUCGUCGGUUUUAUCUAGUGAUAGCAUGCACUUGGGGCUUCUUGCUGCUGCAGCCCAUGCAGCUGCUACAAAUAGUCGGUUCACGAUAUUUUAUAAUCCAAGAGCUUGCCCAUCAGAGUUCAUCAUACCUCUGGCUAAGUAUGUCAAAGCUGUGUACCAUACCCGUGUCUCCGUCGGUAUGCGUUUUAGAAUGCUAUUUGAAACAGAAGAAUCAAGCGUUCGUCGUUACAUGGGCACUAUUACUGGCAUCAGCGAUUUAGAUUCGACCCGGUGGCCGAAUUCACACUGGCGGUCAGUCAAGGUUGGAUGGGAUGAAUCUACAGCUGGGGAGAGACAGCCAAGGGUGUCAUUAUGGGAGAUCGAACCACUUACGACCUUCCCACUGUAUCCUUCUCCAUUUUCCCUCAGGCUUAAGCGACCGUGGCCAACUGGAUUUCCUUCUUUCCAUGGUCUAAAAGAGGAUGAUCUGGGAUUGAAUUCUCAACUAAUGUGGCUAAGGGGGGAUGGUCUAGAUCGUGGGAUUCAAGCUAUGAACUUCCCUGGCAUUGGAGUUGCACCAUGGAUGCAGCCGAGGCUUGAUGCUUCUAUGGUGGGUAUGCAGCCAGAGAUAUAUCAAGCAAUGGCUGCUGCUGCACUACAGGAGAUGAGAACUGUAGAUCCUGCUAAGGUCCAGGCUGCUUCGCUUCUUCAAUUUCAACAAACCCAAACUCUUCCGAACAGGCCUGCUACUUUCAUGCCGCCUCCGAUAUUGCAGCAGCCUCAACCGACGUUUAUUCAGGGCGACGAUAACCAACGUCUCUCUCAUUCUCAGGCUCAAACCCUGCCUACUGUUCUUCAGCAGGAGAUAAAGCAUCAAACAUUCAACAAUCAGCAGCAGCAGCAACAGCAAGUGUUUGAUCACCAACAAAUCCCAAGUACCAUCACUACAAUGUCUCAGUUCAGUUCUGCAUCCCAAUCCCAAGCUCAAUCCCUGCAAACGACUCCUCCGUUAUGUCGUCAGCAGAGUUUUUCCGAUUCAAAUCCCAACCAUGUGACGAGUCCUAUCAUUUCACCCUUGCACAGCCUGUUAGGGUCGUUUCCGCAAGAUGAAUCAUCUCAGUUGCUCAAUCUUCCUCGAACCAAUCCCAUGGUACAUUCAUCUACAUGGCCAUCAAAGCGAGCUGCAGUCGAUCCUCUCCUCUCUUCUGUAAAUUCUCAGUUUGUUCUUCCCCAAGGGGUAAAUAUGGGGACAACUCAGACGAACAUCUCUCAGAAUGCUAUUUCGUUACCGCCUUUUCCUGGUCGAGAGUGUUCAUUAGAUCAAGGGAACACCGAUCCACAGAGUAAUCUUCUUUUUGGUGUCAAUAUAGAGCCUUCAAGUCUUCUAAUGCAGAGUGGCAUGCCAAAUCUUAGGGGAAUUUGCAGUGACAGUGACUCAACAGCUAUACCUUUUUCAUCCAACUAUGUGAAUACUGCUGCUUCCAACUUCUCAGCCAAUCCGACCGGGACGCCUUCCAAUUGCAUUGAGGAUUCAGGUUUCUUGCAGUCUCCAGAAAACACAGGCCAAGUAAACCCAUCAACCAGAACCUUUGUAAAGGUUUACAAGGCAGGGUCCUUGGGUAGAUCACUGGAUAUUUCCAAAUUCAGUAGCUACCAUCAAUUACGCAGUGAGCUCGCUCACAUGUUCGGUCUUGAAGGCGAGUUGGAGGACCCUGUGAGAUCAGGCUGGCAGCUUGUAUUUGUCGACCGGGAAAAUGACGUUCUUCUUCUCGGGGACGAUCCCUGGCCCGAGUUCGUCAACAGCGUGUGGUGUAUCAAAAUACUUUCACCACAGGAAGUGCAGGAGAUGGGCAAACAAGACCUAGAGCUCUUGAACUCGGUCCCAAUUCAGAGGCUCUCGAAUGGCAGCUGUGAUAACUAUGCCAACAGACAGGAGUCGUCCAGAAACUUGAGUACCGGGAUAACUUCUGUCGGGUCGCUCGAGUAUUAAGGCAUUUAACCGGUCAACAUGCCUUCUCUGUACUAUUAGCUUUCUAAGUUACUGUUUAUGAGCCAGAAACUGUAAUUAUAAUCAAGUGAUUCCCUCUCUCCCUUAUGUUUUCUCAUACAUAUAGAUAUCGAGACAGCUCUGUAUGACUGGAGAUAGCUUUUGCUAUUUGCUAUAUAUUGCAGCUUAUAAACCAAGUUCUAUCAGAAAAGCUAAAACCUUUUCAUGUUUGAA